AAAUGAUCUCGGCGAUUCACUUGGUCGACCAGCACCAAACCAGCAAUCCGACCCCAACGGCAUAGACAAAGAAGGUCCCUGGAAAUCCGAGCGGAUCCUCAUUGCAAGGGGCACGCGUGCACACCAUGUCCCGCUCGGUGGUUGAGCGUUUCCAGCUCACGGCGUGGCCUACGGGGAAGAAGCGGAGGCGCAACACCGACGUGUCGGCCUAUCAUGGACAACGCAGCUCACAGCUCACUACGAUCCCGCUCGAGAUCCAACUGAUGAUUUUGUCGCAUUUGGACCUCGAGAGCAUGGUCCGACUUCGUCAGACCUGCCACCUGUACCGCCAUAUCAUCACCGUCGACCUAGUCAAGAGCCAGUUCAUCCAGCACGGUCAGCAUCACGCCGCCCUACGGGCCUGUUGCUGCGAGUGCCUUUCCAUGCCGGGUUUGGGCCGCCUCAUUCUAGAUCCUCGCCGCAGCAGUCUCGUCUGGCGGUCCAUGUGCUUCACCUGCUGGCGGCACAAGCUUGAUCUGCAUUAUCAGCGGAAGCACGGUCCACUACUGCAGUUCGCCAACCACUAUCACGGCUACAUGUGCCAUUUUUGCGCCUACCCCGUAUGUGCAGCAGACAUGGACAGCUCCCUGCAGCUUUUCCACUCGCGCUGCCGCGUCAAGAGACUGCUGAUAGCGGUCCUCUGGUUUGUGCUCACCUUCAUCCAGGUCGGCCUGGGCAUUCUUGGUGCCGUCUUAGGCUGGACAGUGUACAAACACCACCCCUCGGUCCUUAUACCUAGCUCAAUCGACUUUGGCCUAUCCAUUCUAGCCCUCGGCUUGUUAAUAGUACGCAUCUGCACUGUCGAUGAGCAAAAGUACUCAUGGGCACUUGCUACUGAGCUCGGAAUGACCGUCGUAAGAAUCCCCCCGGUCAUAUAUACGGCUCGCGAAUCUGUCGUCCCGGAGAAGUACUCCAGUUCUCGCCUGCUGCCACUCCUUCAAUUCGCAUCGGGCAUAUUCUUGCUCAACCUAGUAAUGCGGUUCUUAGAUACCAUAGGCUAUGCCCUAUUGUACUUUGGAUAUGAUCCUCGGAACUUCCUUCUGGUCGGAUUGUCCAAACGGCGGAAAAUACUGUACGCUUGCUGUACCUCACUAGUCUGGUGGGCAUGUGUCCCGAAUUGAAAACACAGCAAAUCCAAUAAAAUACAGUAUCAGCAGCGACAAGAAACGCUGCCGCAUCGUUAAUUACGACAAAAUCAUCCACGAUUCCAAGAUA